AUGAAUACCCUCAUGGAUGUCCUUCACCACAGGCCAGGAUGGGUGGAAGUAAAGGAUGAAGGGGAGUGGGAUUUCUACUGGUGUGAUGUUAGCUGGCUCCGGGAGAAUUUCGACCACACCUACAUGGAUGAGCACGUGCGGAUCAGUCACUUCCGAAACCACUACGAGCUGACCCGCAAGAACUACAUGGUGAAGAACCUGAAGCGCUUCCGGAAACAGCUGGAGCGCGAGGCGGGAAAGCUGGAGGCAGCCAAGUGCGACUUCUUCCCCAAAACCUUUGAGAUGCCCUGCGAGUACCGUCUGUUUGUGGAGGAGUUUCGCAAAAACCCAGGAAUCACCUGGAUCAUGAAGCCUGUAGCCCGGUCGCAGGGGAAGGGCAUCUUCCUCUUCCGGAGGCUGAAGGACAUCAUGGACUGGAAGAAGGCCACAAGAAGUUCUGAUGACCAGAAAGAUGAUAUUCCCGUGGAGAACUAUGUAGCUCAGCAUUACAUCGAAAAUCCCUACCUGAUAGGAGGCCGCAAGUUCGACCUGCGUGUCUACGUGCUGGUGAUGUCGUACAUGCCGCUGCGAGCCUGGCUGUACCGGGACGGCUUCGCCCGAUUCUCCAACACCCGCUUCACACUGAACAGCAUUGAUGACCAGUACGUCCACCUCACCAAUGUCGCCGUGCAAAAGACGUCUCCUGACUACCACCCAAAGAAGGGCUGCAAGUGGAUGCUGCAGCGCUUCCGGCAGUAUCUGGCAUCCAAGCAUGGGCCCACGGCAGUGGAGACGCUCUUCAGUGACAUGGACAACAUCUUCAUCAGAAGCCUGCAGAGCGUGCAGAAGGUGAUCAUCAGCGACAAGCACUGCUUCGAGCUGUAUGGCUAUGACAUCCUCAUAGACCAGGACCUCAAGCCGUGGCUCCUGGAGGUCAAUGCAUCCCCAUCACUGACAGCCAGCAGCCAGGAGGACUAUGAGCUCAAGACCUGCCUCCUGGAAGACACCCUGCACAUCGUGGACAUGGAGGCCAGCUUUUCCCCAAUUAUUCUGGCAAAAGUUUGA